CCGAGAUCACACUCGGUUUUGAUUGUGCUCGCUUGAUUCAUGCUUGUUUGGAGUUUUUCAUUGUUGUUUUGUGCAGGUGUGAAAAUGUGUGUGUGUGAGGGGUGUUGUCGAUUCUUGUUGUUAUCCUUAUUGGCGAGGGGUUCGAACCUCCACGGAAGACUCCUUUUGACGCGCUGUUCCAGCUAUUAGUCAGCGGAUGAUCGGUAGGUAUCGCCAUCGCAUCAGCAACAUGCCACCUCGCUGCCAAACCUGUACCCAACAAGACAUGGAGAGUCUCACAACCAGCAGAGCUGAGGCUGGAAGCGCAGCGCGACAUGCGAAAAGACCAAGGUUUCAGAGCCCUUGGUGAAUGCGAGCUCGUCCGACCAUUACAUGGUCCGCAUAGAAGGAUUGACUCCUUCUAGGACAUCUCCUCAAAGGACACUUUGCGACCACGCGCUCGAAGCUGCCGUUACUUCACACGAUACCCGCGCGCUGAUCGAGCAGAACCAGACGAGAGUCCCGCGAGGGCGAGGCAUGCCUCGGAUUAAGAGAGGCGCAUGUGCUCACGUCGAGCAGUCCGAAAUUUGAACACAACAGCCCAGGGCACGAUGGAAAAGCCUAGAGCCCAAUCCACGACAAUCUUUCUUUGAGACACUUCUUCCCGCUCCAUCGCCAAUGCCGGCUCGCAUGCUCAUGGAAUUGCUGCCCGUCCCACUGAAUUUCUGCUCCCACAGUCGCUCAUGGGCUGGUGGGAUAACAUUCAUCACGUGUUCUGUUCUUUUGUACACGUUGAGACUCGCCAAUUGUCCAUUUUCCUCAGUCUGAGAGCUUAUGAACGGGAAGUCUUUUUACGUAUCGUGCACAUGUCCCCUGAGAUGGGCGGUCAUGUCAAGCCCCCGCUGGCACUGAUCUCACGCAGCCUGUGUUUCGAUUGCGACUCGGGCUUUCAGUGAUGCGUCCAUCAGUACAUCUCUCCCCUUUCGCGACCCAUCAUCGCCAUCCUGACCCCACGGCUGGAAUUGGCCCUCCUCUUCGUCCUGGUUGCUUGACAAUCGCGAUCAUUCAUCGUCCCAGAUGAUGCUGUUAAUAUCUACAACAGUAUCGCCUCAUACGUUCAACAUCACUCGAUGCUCGAGAUAAAAUGGUAC